GGGACUACACCGCGAUAUAUAGAGAUGUCCCAACGCGUUCACGCAAGAGACAUGCUGUUCCUUUCGCCACUGCAAUCUGACGGAAUGCCGAUCGCAAUCUGCGUUUUCGCACUUUUCGUGGGGCUCGUCGCAAGCCAGAAGACCUGCCCAGAUGGAUCACUGUGCGACACCGGAGACACGUGCUGUAAACUGAGGAGUGGCAAGUACAGCUGCUGCCCGCUUCCCAACGCCGUCUGCUGCGAGGACCAGGAACACUGCUGUCCCUCCCGCUACCGCUGCGACAACGAGACCGACGCCUGCAAGCCGUCGGCUCACGUCGAAGCCCUUCGGUCUCAGGCGCUCGGCAACGCCAACGAGCAUCCACGAAACAACCACGUUCAGUGCAGUCUAUCGGACGACGCGGUCUGUCCCACUGGCCACACGUGCUGCACGACGACGCCGACGACGAGAACCACUAACUACAGUUGUUGCCCAUUCCGAAACGCCGUGUGCUGCGCUGAUGGGAAACACUGCUGCCCUGCGCAGAGCACGUGCCAGCCAACUACGGGACGAUGCAGCUACGAUGACGCAGCGGAGGCUCCGGAGAAAGCGACGCACGAGACCGUUCCAACGACGACGAGGAAGGCAGUACCCGCUGAAUGUCCAAACGAAGUCUGCGCCGCGAGCUUUUCACGGAAUACCAUUCGCACAUGUCCGCCGGGCUACUACCAAUGCUCAAACCCCGUCUACUGCUGUCCUGACGACUUUCUCUGCACAUUCACAGGUGCUUGCGUACCCAAGCCCCACGUUGUGACCAAUUAAAUUGACAGUAGCGGAAUUCCAAUACGGGAACUGAUCUUAAUUGCUAGCUCACGCAGUCAUAUAGUCGA